UAUUCUGCUACCGAAAGCAGAGCAGAUUCCUCCCUGGAAGACAAGCUCUAGAGAGCAACUCAGCUUUUCUGCUGUAUGAAACAGAGCCAAGACCACACUGCAGGACAGGAUCUCUCGCCUAGAGUGACUCUGCAUUUCUGCUCUGUAACGCACAGCAGACACCUCGCUGGGAGGUGGGAUCUCUCUCGACUCUCGCAGACCCUAGCAGAGCCUGUGAUUCGGUAGCAAUGGCCACUGGCGACAAAUACACGAUUAUACGCACCAAACGCAAAGAGCUGAUAGGAAUCAUUCAGAGAGACCCCGAGAGCGUCUUGGAUGAGUUAUUAGUCCAGUCCGUCAUCACAGAGGAGGAGUACGACAGCGUGAACCAGCUACAAGACAAAGUGGCCAGAAUUAGGAAAUUGCUGAUUUACAUACAGAAAAGGGGGGAGUCGACCUGCCGAGACUUUCUGGAGUGUUUAGAAAUCUUAUUCCCAGGCACAAAUCGGCUUUUGCAACCUUCAGAAUAUGAUUUUUUCAACCCAGAGCGAGAUUCACGCACUGUGCGAGACCCAGAACCAAGGGAGAGAGAUUUUUUCAAUCCAGAGCACCAUACAGAGCUGAAGGAUGAAGAUGGUUUCAAUCCAGAGCAGGAAUCGGAGACUCAGCGAGACCCAGAGCCAGAGGAGAAAGAUGGUUUCAAUCCAGAGCCCGAUCCACAGCUGGAGGAGGAAGACAGUUCAAAUCCAGAGAAGGAAUCAGACAUUGAGCCAGACCCGGAGACGGGUGGUUCCGAUUUGGAGCAGGAAUCGGAGACUCGGCGAGAUCAAGAGCCCGAGGAGGAAGAUGGCUCAAAUCCAGAGGAAGAAUUAGAGACGGAACCAGACCCUGAGCCAGAAGGUUCAAAUUCAGAGCAGGAAUCGGAUACUCAGUGAGACCUAGGAAAAAAACCAUCUCUCAAAAGGUACAUCCUCAUAGGUGAUUCAUUCUAUAUCCAUAGAGUCCAAUUUUGACUGCCAUGGGCUACCCUUAGAGUUUCAACCACUUAUAACCAGUAAUUCACUCCAAGAGGCCACCGAUGGAGAAGAGUAAUUCCCUCGCUGUUGCCAGGAUUGCGUUGUUAACUAGAAGGGGGAUCCCUGUGAAGCGCUGUGCAUGAUCAUAGCAGCACCACGAUUUCUUCAUCCUUCGGGACGUGGGGUCUGGGAACAUCCCUCGGGAAACCGCAGAUGGGCUGGCCGAAAUUUCCUGGUAUUUCCCUGCUGGGAGGGAGAAAUCAAAUGCACCCGUGUGAACUAUCCCAUCCAGCGCAAAUGGUCAGGGCGCCGGCAGGAGAAGUGGGAGGCCGCAACCAUUUCUCUAAUUGUGGCUCUUGCAACUGACAUCCAAGCCUUUGUCACUUCGCUGUUAGACCCGGUCAGACACGGCAGCUGGCGCAGAAUUCGGCAGCUAAGCAAGGUGUCAUUUCACGAGCCAAACCUGUGACCCAUAAUGGCUGCCAAUUGGUUCCCAGAUUGACUUGAAGAUCUUGGUUAAACUGCCAGGUGGCAUAAGACCUACCUAUUAAUAGCUGCUUCUCUCCCUGUGAUAUCUGCUGUCAUGUCCACCCUCUGCCUAGCUCCUGUCUCACCCACUGAGCUGGGAAGCUCAGAUGCAUUCUGCAGUGGUUCCCUCACUUGACCAAUGGUGGUGAAUCUUUCCUCUCCAGGGCCUCGCUCUUAUCUCUUCUUCUCGCUGCUUCCUUAUAUUUUACCAUCACUCCCUAGAUGCAGCCCCCUUGCACUUUCUUCACUGGAUGCCAAUGGCCAAAAUACUCAUUUUAUUAGCCCCAUCUGAAGCCCUUCACCAUCCAGCCCACCCCAAAAAAUUGGGUGACGCUGGCCAAUUUCCCCAUCUCCCGCUUCAUCCCAUUAUUCUCAGCCCGUAAUAAAUGUAGGGAAUAACUCCAGCCCUGGUACCGAUCCCACCCCUCGCACACACUCUGAUGGAGGUGGAGUUGCAUCUUCAAACCAGUUUGAUUAUUUGUACUCACUGCUCCUACGGAGGGCAAGGAGGGGUUGAGGACGAGCUCCAGAACUUUUCAAUGCACAGUGGCAUUGUCAGGAACUAUUAGGAAAGAGAGAGAAAAAUAAGACAGAAAAAUAUCAUCAUGCCACUGCACAAAUCCAUGGGUUCAGAAAAGAGCAACCAAGAUGAUCAAGGGUAUGGAACAGCUUCCACACGAGGAGAGACUACAAAGAUUAGAGCUGUUCAUCUUACAAAACAGACGACUAAAGGGGGAUAUGAUGGAGGUCUAUAAAAUAAGGAACAGAUGGGAAAAGGGAACAGAGAAGUGUUAUUUACCUUUUCCUACAACUCCAGGG